AUGUCCGCAAUCAAGGAGGCAUUGACCUCGGCCGCAGAGGCCCUUCACAUCUCUGGCGAUAAGGACAAGAAGGCCAUCGGUGGUGGCGCUCCCGUUUAUGUUGACGAAAAGGCGGGCAACGACGAAACUGCUGAUGGCUCCAAAAGCUCUCCCUUUGCAACUCCAUUAGCCGCGCUUCUUGCAAAGGGUCAGGACGCUUCCGUGUUUGUCAAAAAGGCCGAUGCUACGCCCGGCCAGGACGGUGUCGACGCAGAUGGCUAUGCGCCCAUCUCGGCCUCGGCUGCCAAGAAGGUCUCUAAGCUCUACGCUACUGCGCUAAAGAAAAAGGAAAAGGCCAGCGAGCAGGCCGCAAAGGACCAGGCACAGGCCGCCAACGACGAGAAAAGGCUCCAAGAGAGCAAAAAGGUUGUCCUCGAGCAGCCUUCUUCCUCGGCCAAAAAGAUCAAGAUUAGCCAAGGCGCCGACUUCCGCGAUCAGCGCGUCAAGAUUUGUGGUUGGGUCCACCGCCUCCGUUCCCAGAAGGACUUGACCUUCAUCGUCCUCCGUGACGGUACCGGCUACCUCCAGGUCGUCCUUUCCGGCAAGCUCACUACCACCUACGACGCUCUUACCCUCACCACCGAAUCCACCGUCGAGAUUCAGGGUCAGCUCAAGGCUGUCCCCGAAGGUAAGACCGCCCCCGGUGGUCACGAGCUCGUCGCCGACUACUGGAAGUGUCUCGGCAAGGCUCCCGGUGGAGACGAGGCCUAUACCAACGUCGUAGCAGAAACCGCCGACCCCAACAGCUUGGCCGAUCGUCGCCACCUCGUCAUCCGUGGCGAAACCGCUUCUGCAGUGCUCAAGGUGCGCUCCGAGGUGCUCAAGGCUUUCCGUGCCGAGUUCGACCACCUCGGAAUGACCGAAGUCACGCCUCCUUGCAUGGUACAGACCCAGGUCGAAGGUGGUUCCACCCUCUUCAGCUUCGACUACUACGGCCAGCCCGCCUACCUCACUCAGAGUUCGCAGCUCUACCUCGAAACCUGUCUGCCCUCGCUCGGCGACGUUUUCUGCGUUCAAGAGUCGUUCCGUGCCGAAAAGUCGCACACCCGUCGACACUUGUCCGAGUACACCCAUCUCGAAGGUGAGCUCGCCUUUAUCUCGUUUGACGACUUGCUCGAGCACCUCGAACAGCUCAUCUGCGGCACCCUUUCGCGCGUGCUCCAAGACCCCAAGACAAAGGCGUUACUCGACCAGCUCAACCCCAACUUCAAGAUGCCCACGCGUCCCUUCCGUCGCAUGGACUACAAGGAGGCCAUCAAGUGGCUCAACGAUCAUAACAUCCCCAACGAGGACGGCGAGCCACACAAGAUCGGCGACGACAUUGCCGAAGCUGCCGAGCGCAAGAUGACCGACGAGCUCAACGUGCCCAUCUUCCUCUGCCGCUUCCCGCGCGAGAUCAAGUCGUUCUACAUGAAACGCACCGAGGGUGACGAGGAGUUCACCGACUCGGUCGACGUGCUGAUGCCCGGUGUCGGAGAAAUCGUCGGUGGUAGCAUGAGGAUGGCCGAUCAGCACGAGCUGCUCGAAGCAUACAAGAACGAGGGCAUCGAUGCAGCUCCUUACUUCUGGUACACCGACCAGCGUAAGUACGGCACCUGCGAGCACGGCGGCUACGGUCUUGGUGUCGAGCGUUUCUUGGCGUGGCUCACCAACCGAUGGACUGUCCGAGAGGCUUCCUUGUACCCUCGAUGGACCGGUCGGUGCACCCCUUAG